AUGGAGGUAAUGCUGGUUGGAAAGCCUGAGUUAUUGAAUGACAUUGUGCUCAACAUUGUGCUUUCCACUUUUGAUGGAGUUCAGCUGACCCUUGCUGACUCGGUUAAGAGCCAUGGGGUUAUUACUGGACCCCCAGCAUUGGUGCUGGAGAAGCAAGUUAAUGCAGCUGCAUCCAAAGUAUUACAAUUUGCCGUCGUCGAUGCUUGCUGCCAGCACGUUGACUUUGUCAAGGACUGUGAGAAGCAUAUCAGGGCCAUGUUCAGGUUUUACGAGGCGUCCCCCGAAAGGCUGAGAGAGCUGCAGUUGGUGGCUUCUUGUCUAGGCCAGAAGGUUGCCAAGCUGAUGGACUUGAACAACGUGCGAGCAAAGAUUAUUCUGACAGGAGUGGAAUAUUUGCACCAAAGGUUUGACUCUGAGAAAUCACUACAGGUACUAAAAAACAUGGAGGUGUUUGAUACCGCUUCUUGGCCUGACUGCUGCCAUUUUGCCAGCUUUGGAAAUACAGAGAUUCUUUCUUUAGCUAAGCAUUUUGAGCGCUCUCUAACGUCGAGCUACAGUGAGGAUGGACUGGUGAGGGAGUGGUUUGAAUUUAAAACUGUCACACAGGACCUUCCCUUCUCAGCCUUGUGCAGAAAGGCCAUCGCCGAGCGUCAGAGGUUUCCUGUGCUGAGUAAACUCGCGUCAGUCGCAGCGUGUCUCUGCACCUCCACAGCAAGCUGCCAGCAGGGGUUUGUCAUCAUGAACCUGAUAAGGACUUACGAGAGACUGAAACUUUCCUACAAAGUGGCCAACUCUCUAAUGAUGGUGGCUGUCAAUGGUGGGGUACAGGAGUAUGACCCCCGGCCUGCGAUUGAGCAUUGGUACUUGACAUCUGGCCGGCGCUGUUAA